UCCACUGGCCAGCCUCCUUGCCCCUGCGCCCUGCACCCUGCGUGGCCAGGACAUCCUGCCUGGCUCCAGUGCGCCCUGACUCGCUCCCUGCUUCCACGGCAACCCCAGAGAGCAGCUGGAGGGCAGGGCCAGGACCUGGGCAUCCCCCUGAGAGGGCAGGUGCCCCUGACGAGGAGCAGAGAUGGGGAAGAAACUGGAUCUGUCCAAGCUCACCGAUGAAGAGGCGAAGCACGUCUGGGAAGUGGUCCAGCGGGACUUCGAUCUUAGGAGAAAAGAAGAAGAAAGACUAGAGGGCUUGAAGGGCAAGAUGCAGAAGGAAAGCUCCAAGAGGGAGCUGCUGUCGGAAACGGCGCACCUGAACGAGACCCACUGCGCCCACUGCCUGCGGCCCUUCCGGCUCCUCGUCAACAGCAGAAGGCAGUGUCUAGACUGCAGCCUGUUCGCCUGCAAGAGCUGCAGCCGCCUCCACCCUGAGGAGCAGGGCUGGCUCUGCGACCCCUGCCACCUGGCCAGAGUCGUGAAGAUCGGCUCGCUCGAGUGGUACCACCAGCACGUGCGAGCCCGCUUCAAGAGAUUCGGGAGUGCUAAGGUGAUCCGCUCCCUCUCCGGGCGGCUACAGAAAGCAGGCUCUCCCCAUGGACGGCAGGGCUCGCCCGACUGCGGUGGUCCUAGGCCAAGCCCAGGAGGGAGAAGUGGAGACAGUGAGCAGGCUGAGGAGGGAGGCGCGGAGGAGGAGGCCCAGGCCCAGGCCCAGACCCAGCCCCAGGGCUGCAAGAAAAAGCGGCUCCUGCCCAUCCAUGCCUCGGACCUGGAUGCGGACUCAGACCCCACGCCACCGAAUGGCCCAGCCCAGAGCCCGGCCGCGGACGGCCUGCAGUCCAUCGUAGAUGAGCCCUGCUCAGAGGACGAGGACGAGGACGAGGUGGGUGCCAGGGCCGAGGGGCACCACCCUGGCCCAGGAGAGCGGCCCGACAGCCUCCUGCCUCCCGGACGAGGCACCCGUGCUGAGCCCUGCCCACCUGGAGACCCCCUCAGGAUGACACUGGGGACCCCUGCUACACCAGGCAUCGCUGUCACGAUGGACGAGCAGCCCCCCUCCCACUACCUGGCCGACGUGGACACCUCCGAGGAGGAGAGCCCCUGGGCUCCCAGGGCGGCCUCCCAGCAUGCCAGGCGGAGAGGCCGGACUGCGUCUGGGAGUCAGGGGUCAGUGGCCGGAGCACACGCAGAGGCUGAUGACGAAGAGGAGACCCUAAAGAGGAAGCUGCAGGAGCUGACCAGCAACGUCAGUGACCAGGGGUCCUCGCUCGAGGACGAGGAAGGCAAAGACGAAGAGGCAGAGGCAGACAGCGGGUACUCUGUCGGGGCCCUCCCCCGGACAGGUCCAAAGGUGUGCACAGUUGCAGGCCAAAUGCACACACAGGAAAGGAGCCCUCAGAGCCCAGGGGACCCUGCCCAGCCCCGCAGGACCACAGACGAGGAGCUGUCGGAGCUGGAGGACAGAGGGGCUGCCACAGCCUCUGAAGUUCAGCAGACGGAGAGCGAGGUGUCAGACAUCGAGUCCAGGAUCGCAGCCCUGAGGGCGGCAGGGCUCACAGUGAAGCCCUCAGGGAAGCCCCGGCGAAGGUCACACCUCCCGGUAUUUCUCCCUCGAGUUGUGGGGAAGUCUGGCAAGAGUCCCGAGGAGGACCCUACUGCUGAGGUCCAGGGAAUGGCCGUGCCCAGUCUUCCGAGAAGAAAGCUAAACAGCUCACCCAAGAGCCACGGCAGAGAGGACGAAUCUUUCCAUCGGAAGUCGGUGUACCGCGGGUCCCUGACACAGAGGAACCCCAACGGGAGGAAAGGGGCGGCCAGCCAGGUCUUCGCGAAACCUGUGGUGGCCCACCAGCCAUAAAGGGUGGUUCAUGGGACGAGGACGGAGCAGUCACCACACGCUCGCCACCCCCACUGGCUCUGCACUGCUGCCCUGCAUGGUCACCAUCAUCGUCCUGGUGAGAGACGAGAAGAAACCUGUCCGUGUGGCGGCCCCCUGCGAAACGACAGCAGCUCUGAGCCCUCGCUGCUCACUCGAGUUCACGACUGUUUCCAAGGCCGCCCCGGGCCUGCCCUGCCCUGAGCUGUGGGACCGUUCAGAACCACGCUGUCCCAGCCUUCGGAAGGAGAGGGCUUCCCCAGGGUGGCCUGCUGCCCCAUCCCUCUUGGCUUUCUUAUGUCGCCGUCAUGAAUAGAGCAGAGAAGA